AUGGCAAAUGCACUAUAGAAUGUGGGCGAGAGCUGGGAAAACAGCUGGUGACCGCACGGUGAGAGCAGAGCAGUGCGGUUGAUGGGAAGACAACAAGCAAGCAAGCAUCAUGAAGGCUUUGCUAAACCUGGUUUGGGCAUAUUUUCUCUUAAAACAGGUUGUUGGGGAAUAUGGGAUGGCCCAUUUCAGUGACAAGGGCCAAGGCAAAGGAAAGGAUUACUGCAUCUUCUUCAACUCCCAGUGGGCUCGUCUACCUCGGGACCUCAACAAAGCAUCUCGUCUGGAGACCUAUGACCUGACACCGUCAGUCCUGUGUUUCCCAUCAGACGUCCCCGAGGGUGGCUUCCCCAAUCGUAUCCCCAUGGUGAUGCGGGGGAACUGCACCUUCUAUGAGAAGGUCCGCCUGGCUCAGCUCAAUGGAGCUAAAGGCCUGCUCAUCGUCAGCAAAGACAGACUGACCCCACCGGCAGGAAACAAGAGUCAGUAUGAGGAGAUUGACAUCCCUGUGGCAUUGCUCAGCUACACUGACAUGCUGGACAUUAGGAAGAUGUUUGGACAGGGCAGAGAGGUGGCCAUGUACGCGCCCAAGGAGCCCGUCCUGGACUACAACAUGGUUAUCAUCUUCCUCAUGGCUGUCGGGACGGUGGCCGUCGGAGGCUACUGGGCCGGUAGCAAGGACAUCAAGAAGCGUUACCUGAAGCACAAGCGUGAUGACAGCGUGGAGAAGCAGGACGAGGAGACGGUGGACGUGACGCCCAUCAUGAUCUCUGUGUUCGUUGUCAUGUGCUGCUCCAUGCUGGUGCUGCUCUACUUCUUCUACGACCAACUGGUUUAUAUGAUCAUUGGGAUAUUCUGCCUGGCCUCGUCUGUUGGCCUGUACAGCUGUCUCUGGCCCUUUGUUAGGAGACUCCCCUUCGGGAAGUGCAGGAUACCAGAGAACAACUUGCCUUACUGCCACAAGAGGCCUCAGGUCCGCAUGCUGCUGUUGUCAGCCUUCUGCAUCGGAGUCAGCAUCACCUGGGGUGUGUUCCGCAACGAAGACCAGUGGGCGUGGGUGUUACAAGACGCCCUGGGCAUAGCCUUCUGUCUCUACAUGCUCAAGACUAUCAGACUGCCCACGUUUAAGGCCUGCACCAUGCUGCUGGUGACCCUGUUUGUCUACGAUGUUUUCUUUGUUUUUAUCACUCCUCUCUUCACCAAGAGUGGCCAUAGUAUUAUGGUGGAGGUGGCGGCUGGGCCCUCUGACUCCUCCACACAUGAAAAGCUUCCUAUGGUGCUCAAAGUGCCCCGCCUCAACUCCUCCCCUCUGGCUCUGUGUGACAGGCCCUUUUCUCUGCUGGGAUUUGGAGACAUCUUAGUCCCAGGUCUGCUGAUAGCCUACUGUCACAGGUUUGACAUCCUAAUGCAGUCCUCACGGUUCUAUUUCCUGGCCUGCACUAUCGGUUAUGGUAUCGGGCUGCUCAUCACCUUCGUAGCUCUGGCCCUGAUGCAGAUGGGUCAGCCGGCCCUGUUAUACCUGGUGCCUUGCACCCUCCUCUCCAGCCUGGCGGUGGCGCUGUGGCGCAAAGAGCUGCCAUUAUUCUGGACAGGAAGUGGAUUUGUGCCUCCCAUAGUUCUGCAACCAAUCAACUGUAUGCAAACCCCAGGACCACCCACAGAUGACCCCCUCACCAAUCCUGAGCCACAAGGUCCUGAUGCAACCAAUCAGAGUGAGGACACUCCCCUUCCAGAGAAAGAGGCCAGCAAAUCAGAGUAAAGGACUUCUAGGAUGCCAAUUUCUUAUUCAUUUCAUUGUAUUUUUGACACAUAGGAUCUCAAUGGAACACUAUAAGUUCUUAAACAAAUGAUAAACAUUUCAGUGCACUUGGUGUGAAAAAGGGUAAGAAAAGGACAGACGUGAGAGAGGGAGGGCACUCAACCUACAGUGGCAGUUCUGUAAGGUGUGAAACACCUUGGGGUCAGCAGGGAUCAGCACUGGCUGAGAGUCCUGGAUGAUGCUCUGUAGACCCAGGUCAAAGAGCACAACAUACACAGCCCCGACUGCGACCUACGCUGACUUAACGCCCCUCUCAUGAGUUUUAUCAUCCUGUCACAUAAAAUAGACGUUUUGUCUCCAAACUCUCCUGUCCUCCAGUUCAUCAUUUAUCCCACCAGUCCUAUGCAAAAUAGCAGUCAACAAUCUCCACAACCUAGAAGGUCAAUGUGUUUGCAGUCCUACCAUCAGAAGCUCUGUCGGUUAGCUUGUUCCCAAUCUCCUUUAUUCAGUACCUUGAAGAAGAAGCACACUACUGCUUGUCUCUAUGUUUAUGACAGAUGUAGUAUCUACCGUACUACAUACCCUAUAUCAUGUGGUGCUAUCAUGGACUCUCAACGACCUAAACGGUAUAGAAUAAUUAUUGAUUUAGGGGGUCAAAGGGCAGGGGGUCAAAGGGCGGUUUCCUAGUGAACUAAAAAAACAAGCUUAAUGGAGAAUCUCCUUGUAAAUUGUUAUAAAUCCUGGAUAAGGCUUAAUCCGUGCCCGGGAAACCUUCUCCAAUAGUUUUUUUGAUUUGGUUUAAAUCUGACCUUUUGACCUUUUUAUUGUUUUUGCAUGCUAUGGGUUUGGUUUAAACCAGGCUGUCAACAAUAGUGUGUGGUUUAUAUAGUAGCUUACACACUGUGUUUAUAUAAUACUAAGGGUGCAACAGUUAAUGUUGUCCACACCGUUUCUCUAGUAGAUUUUGUGGUCCCAUUUUCCAUUAGGUGUAAAACCCAUGUAUUUAUGUGGUAGAUACAUACAGUAGUAUAUAGGUGUAAUUACAUUGUAGGCAGCUAGGUUCAAAUAGUACUUAAACAUGUUUAACAGUUUUUAAAGUUGUAACUAAUUACACUAACUACUUACUGGUAUGUAGCUACCAUGUGAACACAUGGGUUAUAAGGAGACCUAAUGUAGAGCGACCAAUUUUGGUUAUAUAAUUCAUAUUGUCUUAAUGGGUUUUGGCCUUACUGGUGUCCAUGGUUACAAUUGGAAUGUCUCUGUGCAUAGUGCUUUAUGAAGACAGAGUUCUGUAUUCAUGUGUUAGUUUAUUAUGUUUCUUAAACUGAUAAGUGAUACUUUAUGUUGUUUGGGGGGAGGGGGGGAGGUUGUCUCAUGAUAAUAAACUCAGCAAAAAAA